AAUUUAUAAUUAAAUAAAUUAUUUUUUUCUCUCUCUCUCUCAUCCUUUUAUUUAAUUACUAAUUAAAAUUUUACUUUUUUCAAAUUUUUCUUAUCAAACAAAAUUAUAUAAUAAUUGUAUAUAUAUACUUGCGUUUUCGACAAGAAAAAUCUUUACGCAGGCGGUAAUGUGCAGAUAUACAUAAUAUACUCCAAUUUAGUGUAAAUAGAGAAAGGAUUAAAAUUUUUGAUUUUAUUUUUAUAAAACUAUAAAUACAAUGAAUUCUUCAAAUGGUAUGGCUAAAAUUCAAGAAAUUGGCAGAAGAAAUGCAGUUCCAAUUAUUUAUGUGAGAGGAACUCACUAUGAAAUCGGAUUUGAUAUUGGGCGCACAUUUGCUAAACUUAUUCGUGAUUAUGUAGCAAAUUAUCGUCCCUUAAACGAUACGUAUUUACCUCUAUAUGAAAGUAUGGAUGGGAAAAAAAUUUAUGAUGAAACUUUGGCAUGCGUUAAAGAACAAUUUCCUCAUUAUGUCAGAGAAAUUGAAGGAACUGCAAAUGGAGCUGAAGUUCCAUUUUAUAAGCUAUUUUUAAUGCAUCUCGAUGAUAUUCUCCCAAAUGUGAUAGAAGGCAAACAAGGAGUGAAAGAACCAGUUGGCUGUUCCUCUAUAAUUUGCAAUCAACCAGGCCAGGAAAUUUUAGGUCACAAUGAAGAUGCUUUAAGUGAAACAUUAAAUCAUUGGUAUUUAGUUGAUGCUCACGUUAUUGAAUCUGGUUUGAAGGAAGAAAAAUUCACGUCACUUAGUUAUGCUGGAUUUUUACCAGGUUACACAAUGGGCUACAAUCAUCAUGGUCUUGUAUACAGUAUUAAUACUCUCAGUGCAAAAACCCUUAGAUCAGGAAAAACUCCUCGUUAUUUUAUAACACGAUCUCUUCUUGGUGUUGAAAAUUUUGUUCAAGCACAACAAACAUUAAGAAACGAUGGUUAUGGCGCAGCUGAGGGAUUUUCAGUUAAUAUGACAUUUCUCCUUCAAGAAGGAGAUCGAAUGUUUCAUAAUGCCGAAGUUGGACCUGUUGAAUCUGAUGCAUUACAAUCACAACUUUCAAUAUUAACAGCAAGUCCUGGAGAAACUAUUUAUCAUUGUAACAAGUAUAUGCGACUUAAGGUACCGGAAGUUACUGGUGUGAUAAUAGACAGUAGUACACAUAGAAUGGAAGCAAUACAAAAGCAUGGUCCACCGAAAAAUUCUCAAGACGUUAUUAAUAUUUUAAGUGAUCAAACAGAUAAUGAAUAUAGAGUAUUUCAAGAAUUUGGACCUCAAGAUUACGUUAAAACAAUUGCUGUCGGAAUUUUCGAUUGCAUUGAGAGAACAUGGUCCAUUUAUACAGACAAACCGAAUUGCAGUGAACCGAUAUUAGUCAUACAACUUCAAUUAAAUAAUAAUAUAAUUAAUAAUAAACAUCUUUUAUAGCACAAUAAAUUAUCGAACGCAAACAUUUAUGGUAAAUAUAUUUUUAUUUAAUAAAUAUAUUUUAAUUAAAUAAUCACUAAAAUGUCUCUGUACGUUUAAAUUAAAUAUAGAAAAUGUUACAUUUAGCUGUUAUUAGAAAAAAAUAAAAUAAA